AUGAAUAAAAAAGCAAAUGAAACCACCAUUUUAACAUUGGCCGAGCUUUUUCCUAGCAUGCAUUUGGAUGUGUUAACAAGGACUUUAAACGAUGCUGAUCAAAAUUUAGAAUUAGCUUGCUCAAUGUUAUUAAGCGGAAACCAAGUUGUUGAAGAACCGGUUGAUCAGCAGUAUGAAAAGGAAGAAAUAAAAGUACCAGAUAAGUUAUCUGAAAUGUUUCCUAAGUUAUCACGGAAUUUCAUCAACAACAUCCUUUUACAAGAGAAAAACGACAUAGAAAAAGUUAUACCGCUGCUUUUAAACUAUGAAGCAUUAUCCAAUCAAGAUAUCAAAGAGCAACAAGAAAUUCAAAAAGCCAUCAAAAAUAAACCAACUAUUGAGGAGACCAAAGACCAGUGGUCUAAAACUACGAAAAAUAUAAACAAAAUUAUGGAUUUGACUGGAAUUCCGGAAACUCUGGCGAGAAAUGCUUAUUUUAAAUCAAAUUUUAGCACAGCAAAUGCUAUUAUAUCCAUUAUAGAGAAUUAUAAAGAAUAUACUGGAAAUAAUCUAAAUGCAGUUUCAUUAAACAAUAAUAACAACAAUAUCCCUAUUAAUUCUUCACCUCCGAUGUCUAGAAUUAAAGGUGGAAAGGUGCAGUCGGCUAAUGGAUAUUCUUAUAAAGCUAUAAACUUCUCUGAUAACCAAAUACUUAAGCCAUUGUCCAUGACCCAAGUACCAAAAAAAGACAACCCCUUUUCUGCCUAUAGAUAUUCUGCUACUACAAGCCAAGCCAUCGAACUAGAAGAAAUAUUAAAUGGAAAUCCGGUUUUGAAAACAAUCAAUCGUAAUUUUUUGAGAAAAGCUUUAGAAUUCUAUAAUGGAGAUGUGGAUAAAACUAUUUUAUUAUGCAAAUUCUUAAUCGAUGAAAAAGCGGCAGCUUUAACUUUUAAAAUACAUGAGGGGCAUAGUGGUUUGGUGUUUACGCCGAGCAAUUAUAAAAGAAAAAGUGAACCACCUUUUAGGGAUAUACCAAUGCAAGAGAAUCAUGCUUGUAUUAAUAAUAUUAACACCUCAAUGAAUAAAUUAUCUUUUAGCGCAUUUCGUUCACGCGAAGAUUAUUUAAAAGCUAAAAAAAUGCUUGAGACCAUGUUUGACACAUUCAAGCUAGAUUUCCAUUCAUUUACAUCAGAGGAGACUCUGUCAAUUCUGGAAAUAGCUUUGGAGAUGUGGUGGAAUGAAGAAAUGACACAGAGGGAACUAGACAAAUGUAACUUAUCUCUAAAUAAGGUCCAAUAUGUGAAUCCACUAACGAUUGUUACUGGUCGUGGACUUCACAGUAUUGGAGGAAGGCCGAUUAUUAAAAUUAAAGUGCAGAAAUAUUUAAACACUAAUGGAUAUGUUUUUGAAGAUGGACCUUCUUAUUAUAUUGUUGAUGGCAGAAGAAAAAAAAAAGCACCUAUGUGA